UAAUAUCAAUAAUAAGGUGGAGUUAAUGGGGGACGUCUGAUCCAACGCUGGUACAAAAGCCUCAGCCGUGCCCACCGCUUUACUAGGUCUAAGUGUUGUGUGUCUGUGAGAAGCGAAACUUUCGCUUGCACAGCAAACCAGUUGGACUUCUAGAUAAAGCACAAAGCCUCUUGAUACAGAUAGCUCUCCUCUUUAAAACACAAAUCAGUCCAGAUUCUGGAGUUAAGUGAUGGGAAAUUCUAAUGGCAGCACCGUGGACGACCUGCAGGCCGUUGAAAUGCAUCUUUGGUAUAAGAAGUUCAUGACUGAGUGUCCAUCUGGUCAACUCACGCUGCAUGAGUUUAAGCAGUUCUUUGGUCUCAGAGGUCUGGAUUCAGAAGCAAACGCCUACAUUGAACAGAUGUUUCGCACGUUUGACAUGAACAAGGAUGGCUAUAUUGACUUCAUGGAGUAUGUGGCGGCUCUCAGUCUAGUGAUGAGAGGCAAGAUGGAGCACAAACUAAGGUGGUAUUUCAGACUUUAUGACGUGGAUGGCAACGGUUGCAUAGAUAGACACGAGCUCCUUAAUAUUAUAAAGGCCAUCCGUGCCAUCAAUGGAAGUGAGAAUCAGGAAUCCAGUCCUGAGGAAUUUACAAAUCGAGUGUUUGAUAGGAUCGAUAUCAAUGGAGAUGGAGAGCUUUCAUUGGAGGAGUUUGUAGCAGGGGCUCGGAGUGAUGAAGAUUUUAUGGAAGUGAUGAUGAAGAGUUUAGACCUCACACACAUAGUGGCCAUGAUCCAUAAUCGGAGACACAGCAUAUAAGCACCUGUCCACAUUCAGUUCAUGUUGUUUUUCAGUCUCUCGCCUGAUAUAAAAAAAUGCAUGUUCUUGUGGGUUAAUUGAAGACUAAUUAUGAAAAGCUCUUUAAUGUACAAACAUUUUUUCUGAUAAAGGAGACUGAGCAUCAGUGGUGAAGAGAUUAAAUUGGUGUGGGAUGUUUCACAUUUACUGAUUGUUUCCCAAUAGGCACAGAAAGAGACAUCACAGGGAAAGAGCCAAUAUGAAGUGGGCAAGUCCAUUUGUAGUGUUGAAUUUUAUUUUAUUACUCUUGAACAACAGAUUAAAAUGAUCUUUUAUUUUUUAUUAUAUAUAUUUUAUUAGAUGACUCAAAGAUAGACAUUUAGAAAUGACCUCCUAAUAACCUUAAUAUUACAUUAAAUGUGUUGACAUAAAUCUUUUUAUCCAACAUCAAGAUAGAUGUCAUUUAUAUGAAUGUCUAAAGAAAAUUGUAUUUAAGAUGGUGUAAUGGGUCACUAUUUUUUUUUCACAACUUUAAAUCUAACAAACAAAAGUUGACAUGGAGUCUCAAAUAAAACAAGAUCAUAAAACUGGACGCUUUAUUUAAAAUGUAAAAAAAAUGUAAUAAAAUUUUGCAAUGAAGUUCUAAUGCUUUAUGUAUCAUGAACAACAAAACAACGAGCAUUAAUGUUUUACAUUUGGUUAAUAAUGGGGCAAUUUUGUAAAUAUACUACUGUAUGCAUUAAAUUACAUUGAAGUAUACAACAUCUAAUUAAACACAAGUAAAAAAUGCUGUGAAAAAGUAUUGUUUAUUGUCCAUGUGAACUCUUAUACCUAAUGUUAACAUAAACAACCCUAGU